CCAAUGUGUGACAAGUACUUUACCAGCUCACAGCCCCAUCACAAACCGUCGCAAUGAGCGCGCAACACUUUCAACCCAGAUUGGUGACUCCACCAGCUUCUCCGUCGGCCUCUCCACCUCCGUCGGCCUGUCCACCCGUCUCACCAUCCGCCUCUUCCCCCGCCGCUGCACCCGCCUCUUCGCCCGUUUCUUCAGGCUCGCCGUCCACAUCGUCCGCCUCUACGACCGCAUCGCCAUCGCGCACUGAUCGCAACCCUUCGCCUCUCACCGGCGCAGCGCGUGAUAUCUUCGAGUUUGUGAGGGAUUGGUCCUCUGGUAGAACCAGCCGUUACUCCAUCUCAGCGCGGCUGACGAAAGCCGAACACACACUUCUUGAAGACAAAACUUUUGAGGACUUUUCUCUUGGCGACCUCUACUCCAAAUCGUGCUCUAUCUGGCUGCCUCCAAGCCACGUGGAAACAAAGGGGUGGCUUGUCGUAUCAAUGCCCCCACGCGUUCACAACGAGUUCUGCCAUCUCAUCAGAGACGAGCUUGUCAACAGAAUUGCCACGUUUCGACAGGAUCCCAGACAUCCUGCAUGUGCAGCCUCUUCCAAGGUUGUAGGGAAGGCGAAGACUGAUAUCGAGUUUAGUGAAGACGGGCGUUUGAGGCCUGAUAUUGUGUUCGAGUAUGAGGGCCCGGAGAUUCGGUACACAACAUUCCCGCUGGUCAUUAAAGUUGGCUAUUCGCAAACCGCAAAGGAUUUGGCCCGUAGAGCCAAAUCGGCCCUGCGGAACACCGACAUCAGGACCAUGAUCACGUUUUGUCUCCCUUACCAAUAUCCAACACCGAAACGAAAGAAAGAAGACCCGGUGAAUCAAGAGGCAACGUAUACAAUACGUCGUAUAGAGGACGAUGGACAUGGCGACGUGCAUUGCACCAAGGUGGAGGGCAUCUUCCGCAACCAACACGGACUUGUUCAAUCAGGCCACCUGCAGCUCAACCUCAAUGACUUUCUACCCGACGGAUACCUUCUCGACUCCAGCAAUGAAAUAGCCAUCUCAGUGUCACAUGAGACUCUGGCUGGAUUCCUUGCUUCAGCGUUUCAGCAACAAGCCAAGUCUACCGUUCCCAGACCCAAGCUUUCUGAAAAGAGAUUGAACAUCGCUGGGAUGAGUGAUGACGAGUCUGAGCCGGUCGCCACCGCUAGCAGCAACAACUCACCGGCUCAAGAUCGCAUGUCAGACAAGGACUACCUUCGUCUUGUCGGCACAGCGGCGCCCGGACAAUGCUACUUGGCCGCCAAACAGCAAUGUGUUUCUCAGACCAUGCCUACCGGAAAUGACACUGGCGAUGCGACAGCAGAUAUGGCGGAACAAUGAAGCCAACGAUGUCAUAGCAGACACGACGAAAUUGGAGUAACAACGACCAAGAAUGAUUGUAGCAUGCACACGCGAUACCGACGACAUCUACGACGUCUCCGGCACCGAUGAAGUGUCGGCUCGCCCGUGUUCGAGCCCCGACU